UCGUCUCCAGAGAAAAUGGCAAUGUUGAAAUCUCUGGAGAACGAGUACCCACGUAUUGACUCUAAUUUUCAAUGCUUUUGCGCCUCCCACGGUAUUUUCUCAGUCGAAGAUUUCCUCCUUCAAGAUCUUGAUGCAUUAACUGCUUUUGCGGAUAAUCAUUCUACUUCACACAGAUUGAAGCAGGGCAUUAAUCAGCUUGUCUCAAUACUAGAUGCUCUUCAUCCACCAUUGCUAAACGGUUUGCAGCUCUUGGAAGAUGCUCAGCAGAAUAAACGUGUUUUAUCCACUGGAUGUGAAGGGAUUGAUGCGCUACUUGGUGGUGGAUUACGUGAAGGACAAUUAACUGAACUUGUUGGGCCAUCCUCAUCUGGAAAGACACAGGCAUGCCUACUGUCUGCCUCAACUGUUGCAAAGCAUGGGAGUUCAGUUAUAUAUUUGGAUACAGGCAACUCCUUUUCACCUCAGCGUAUUGCAUGUUUUGUUGGUCAGUCCUCUGCUUAUGUCUUUGACAAUCAGGCUGAUCAUAAGCUCAAAAAAGUAUUGGACCGGAUAAUUUGCUACUCAGUGUUUGACAUCUAUCAGAUGUUUGAUCUGCUGCAUCAACUGAAGAUUAAUUUAAGAUCUGAGAUUGUGAAAUCAAAUCAGGAUGUUCGAUUGCUCAUUGUUGAUUCAAUCUCUUCGCUGAUUACUCCCAUCCUUGGGGGUGCUGGUCCUCAGGGACACGCUUUAAUGAUAUCUGCUGGGUUUUUACUGAAGAAGUUAGCAGAUGAACAUAACAUUGCAGUAUUGGUAACAAAUCAUGUAGUGGGUGGAGAGGACGGUAUUUCCAAACCAGCACUUGGAGAGAGUUGGAAGAGUGUCCCACAUGUACGGCUUUUACUUUCUCGUGAUUGUGGAAGCAAAGUCUGCAAUAUUUCAACGCUAAAACAUCCAUCUAUGGAUUUUGGUAGGGCUACAAGUUGUACCAUGUCUUUAUAAGUAUGACUGCUGUGACGGUUGAUUCAAAAUUAGAUAUCCUUCUUUUAAUUCAUUCUACCAUUAUACUUCAAGAUAAAUUAUUUUUAUUUUACAGUUAUGAUUUAUUACAAGAACCAUUUUGAUCAGAAUCAAUAUUGAUAAAUAGAAAU